UAAAAAUGUGCUAUUUUUGAGAUUUGUCCUAAUUAUUUUGUAUAUAAUUUAUAUAUUUUAUUUAAUAUCUAUAUUUAUUUCAAUAUAUAUAUUAUUUAAUUUAUGACUCCGGUAGUUUCUGGGUCUGCACCCCGGCUCCGGCCCCGAACACCAAGGAAUCCUGUCCCAAGAAUUCCUGUCAUUGUUCCAACCGUAAAAGUCAUCGUCUUUUGCAACGACGAUACUCACGGUAGAAUCUUUGUCUGAAUUGUAUUUGUGCAAACGGUAUAUUCUCUCAGAGGGCCAGAAUUGUGCUUCACCCUCAAACGUUCCUACGCAAGACGCCCACUGCGACACUCUAGAUCUCACCGGUUUAUCAUUUUCUCCAGCAGUGGGUGAGAUAUCAUCAGUCGCAUUUUGUCCGCUAGUGGGUGGGAUCUUUACCAACGAAACUUGAUCAAAAGGUAUGGAUUUAGACAUCGUAGGAAAUGUGCCAAGGCACGUCACGAGAACAGAAACAUUAGCACGACUCUGCAUCUGGUUGGAUACAAUAAGAGUGGCGGCUCGUGCGGAUCCAGAGCUAACAAAGAGCACUAGGGUCAUGAUCGAUACCAUUAUAAGAGUGUCCAUGAGUUUUGAUUAAUGGGGAAAGAUGUGUUAUGUAAUGGAAAUAUUUAUCUCUUUUGGAAGUCUAUGUGUCUCUCUAUAUAUAUAUAUAUAUUAUCUCGUUUCGGUUUCUCAAAUUUUGAACAUUAACUACAAUCAAUACGUUUAAGAAUCAAAAGGUGAUUAAAAUGUGAUAACGGUUACCAUUAGAAUUAAGAGACUCUAAAAUUAAUUAGAGACAAUCUCGGUUUGGUACUUUUUUCUGGGAUUGUUGCACCUUGCAGUUAGAGAAAGAUAAAAUGUCGUCAUUAGGGUUGGGGGCUCAGCGAGGCCCAUAAUAUCUGGUUUGGUAUGGUUGGUGAAGUAUACUGUAUGGACUUAAUGUCAACAACCCGUUUCGUCUCAACUACAGAAAACCCGAAAAAACAGCUGGUAUCUAGAGGAACUGAAAAAAAUGUCAUUUUUUUCAAAUAUUUCAAUCUGUAAGCAAUUUAGAAAUAGAAAUUAUGAAAAGGAAAAUAACUUUUUUUAAUCUUUUUCCUAAAUUAAGAUGCUGUAAUUCACUUUUCUUCAAAAAUGAAAAAAGAACCUUAACUUUCUUGUGAUGUUUUUAACUUUUUAAUGAAAACAUAAAAGUAUGUGCUGAAUGUAUUUUUUGGGUAUAAAGUGCGUGGAUUUGUUAAGUUUACACUUUCUUGAUUAUACGAUAUUGGUAAAGAAAAGAAACUAUAGUACAAUAUCAGAAGUAGUUUAUAACACCAUUCAUCAUCAUCAUCAUCAUCAUCAUAAAGCCCAUUUAAACCGAACCAUAGUACUAUAAAUAGAAUGAAAGGUCUAGUCCUUCUCUCUUUCCUUCCGACUCUGGUCUCCGUCUACUUUCCUUCUCCCCACUACUUCCUCACUAAACCGAGUCACCAUGAGCAAGAACAACAACAAAAGAGAUGUCGGCGGUGAGAAGAGGAUGGCGUCUAUCACCGUCGUUUUGAAGGUCGACAUGCAUUGCGAUGGUUGCGCUUCAAAACUCGUUAAAACCGCUCGUGCUAUCCAAGGCGUUGAGACGGUGAAAGCAGAGUCAGAGAGUGGGAAAGUAACGGUGACCGGGGAUGUAGAUCCGCCUAAACUCCGGGAGCAACUUGAAGUGAAGAUAAAGAAGAAAGUCGAGUUGGUUUCUCCUCAGCCCAAUAAGGAGAAAGAGAAAGAAGACAACAACAAGGACAGUAAGGACAAGAACAAAGAAAAGAAGUCAGAGGAGAAGAAACCUAAAGAGGCUCCGGUAACAACGGCGGUACUGAAGGUGAGCUUCCACCGUGAACGGUGUAUUGAGAAGAUUCAAAAGACUGUCUCUAAAACCAAAGGUGUGAGUGGGUUUUCAAUAGAUCAGGAGAAGCAGUUGGUGACGGUUAAAGGAACAAUGGACGUGAAAAAACUCGUCAGGAGUUUGACUGAGAAGCUAAAACGUAACGUGGAGAUUGUGGCGACGGCCAAGAAUGGUGACGCAAAAGAGAAACAGUACGUGGCGGCUCAGCCUGCUCACGGGUCUGCGUAUUUUCCGGGUGAGGAUGGAGAUACGAUUGAAUACUUAGCACCUCAGAUUUUCAGCGAUGAUAAUCCGAAUGCUUGCGUCGUUACGUGAAGCGGCGGAAGAACAUUGACGGGUCAUCGAACAAUAGUUUAAUCCUAUCUGUUGGACCGCGCAUAUCUUUGGAUUUGUUGGACUAUAUGAUGAAACAAAAGUUUACUAAGGUUCGAUCUUCGCUAAGAGCAUCUCUAAAAGACACUAUAUAAUUUUAAAUAUGAAGUUUUUUGUUCUAAAAAAAAGAACUUCAAAACUUCAAAUUUGAAGUUCUGAAGAGUGAAACUCUAUAUUUGAAGUUUCACUACUCAAAACUUCAAAUUUGAAGUUUCAUAUUUUUAUUUGCAUUUUGGUCCC